AUGCCGCCUAGCUCGCCCUCGAUCGCGAGUUCUUCUCGCAGCACGCAUGUCGAGCUUGCAUCUGGCAUUUCUACGUCUCUGUCGGGGAAGUAUCCUCCUGAUGCCUUUAACGUGGAGAUCUUUGGGAUCCCCCACUUGACCUCCAACCCGUGGUACCAGAGGGCAUACAGUGCUUUUGCUGCUAAGCACUCUCGAAUCGCACGCGUAGUCAAGUACCUCAGAGGCCCUCGCCCAAAAGUAGAAUUGACAGAUCCAACUCCAUUCCUGAACUUGACUCUCCAUACGGGACGGCGUUCCUACAGCCUGGCUCUCGAACCUGCACUAAUUCGCGUGACUCGACCGUUCACUUCUCCGUGGCUCUUCAUUAUCCUCACAAUAGGCUAUGUUAUCGCCGUUGCAUUUAUUUCACGAGCACAAUCCUUCCUGACACCCGCAGACUCAUUCGUCAGUUGUACUGCCACUUACUGGUCUGCAAACAACGGCUGUGGACUGGACGGCCAAGAUUGCAUGCCGUUCAGCAAUUCGUCAUUUAAUUUCCGUUGCCCCGCGCAGUGUAGCUCCGUGGUUCUUGAGAAUCCGCGGACAGUGGGCGAUGUCAAGGUCGAUUAUAUUCCCUUGAUUGUCGGAGGUGGUGAUGUCAACGAGACAUACCGAGGCGACACAUUUAUCUGUGCAGCUGCUAUUCAAUCAGGUCUCAUCAAUGACUCCAAGGGGGGCUGUGGUUCUCUGCAGCUUGUCGGUAAUUACACAGACUAUCUGCCAUUUGCGGCUCGUGGGUUGAGCUCCAUUGGAUUUCCAACGACUUUUCCGCUCUCUUUCCGAUUUGCCCCAUCCACUUCCCUACAUCACUGCAGCGAUUUGCGCAAUUAUGCGCUGGUACUUGACGUCAUCGUCACCGCAGCGCUGUUCCUUGUCCUCCGCCCCAAAUCUAUCGUUCUCUACUGGUGUAUAGUCUGCAUUGGUUUCUGGCAUGUAGCUCUGUUCUCCCAGCCGAUGGCCACACCACCCCCACUCGAUCAAGCCUUUGGAGCAUUCCUUCCCUCUCUCUUCAUCGCUUAUGCGUUCUGGCGGCUUGCUUUCAGGUUCACGUUACCUGCAUUCAGAAACGCCCCGAUUGAAGCUGCUGUGUGGUACCUGGCGCCAUACUGGGCAGGCGUCUUGACGAAUAUCACCACCGACAAGAUUCCUAUCAAUACGCUCACUGCGACUACCCUCCGAACAGAGCCAGGAGCUAUUCCCGCUCUGGUCAUUAUCCUCGUCAUUUUAUUGUGUAUUGUUAUCAAUCAAGUGCGGGUCAUCCGUAAGACCGGUUGGCUGCCAUACUACCUAGGGUGGUACGUUGCUGGUGGGCUCACCGCCCUGGUGGUCGCACUAUUGCCUGGACUGCAGUUUAGACUGCAUCAUUAUAUUUUGGCAAUGGUUCUCAUACCGGGCACGGCGUGGCCGACACGGGCAUCCGCUGUAUACCAAGGAUUUCUCCUGGGCAUGUUUCUUAAUGGUGCUGCUGCGUGGGGUCUUGCCUCCAUUUUGCAGACUGCAGCAGACCUGCAGGGGGACGGACCCUCGGGCUCAGCGAUGCCAUCCUUCUUAACUAACUCGACAAACUGGAAUGCAUCCAUACCUUUGAUAAACCAGAUAAUCUCCUGGAGCGCCCUUCCCGAUGCGAGCGAAGGUUGGACAGGCUUCUCUCUUCUCAUCGAUGACGUUGAGCGCUACACUGGAGCGACACUCAAUUUCUCGCUCGGAGCACUGCAAGCAGGCCUGCCGCACUUCUUCCGUCUCGCGUAUAAUAAUGCCGCGACGACUGGAGAUUUCACGAUGCCCGCGACUCUGUGGCCAAAUGGGACAUGGGUGGAUCCCUUUCCAGGGACUUCCACAUAA